GGGCUUGUUUGUGAUGACUCUUUCGACGUGUCGGCAGCCAUGGUGGUUUGUCGUCAAAUCGGCUACCCGACAACAACCCCCAGAUUACUGACCUCCUCCAGGUUUAGGUCUUUGCCGAGUGGUAUGACUUUCAUUCUCGAUGACGUGCAUUGCACUGGACAUGAAGCGAGACUGACGGAGUGCGGACACACUCCGUGGUUCAACCACGAUUGCAAAGCUACUGAAACAGUUGCUGUUAUUUGUGAUGAUAACUGUCUGUCUAGUCCUUGUCAAAACGGUGGAACGUGCACCACGUUAGAAUCAACCUACAACUGCACAUGCGCGAAUGACUGGGUCGGUCACAGCUGUGAAAGAGUUGCGGGAGAGACGCUUACGUGUACGUCGCAGCAUAUGACAAUCAGUUUCAAUCGAGGUAAAUUCCCAAGUCUACAUGAACAGUACAUGACGCUGAGAGACAGCACGUGCCACGCUACCGGAAACCAAACUCACGUCACGCUAGUGUCUCCACUCAACGGAUGCGGAACAACGUCUCGUAAAGUUGGCAAUACCAUGAUUUAUGAGAACGUCGUAAAGUCGCAGGAAGUAGUUGUUGAAGGUGUCAUAUCGCGCGUGCGUGAGAUCUCCGUGCCGUUCGAGUGUGUAGUCCCCGUCACCACCAACCUGGAGAUUCCGAUAGAUGUUCAGUAUUCUAAUCUCCAUUUCGCUGCUGAGGCCCAAGGAGUUUUCGACAUAAGGCUGGAGUUGUUUCACGACGAACACUUUAACAAAACACCAGAAGAUCCAUUUUACAUCACUCCGGGAGAGAGCUUCUACGUACAGCUGAAUAUGAAGACGGACACAAGACUCUCACCGUUCGCUAUGAUGUGUGAUGCCACGCCCGUCAGAUCCAGAUCCAGUAACAUCUACCCCAUCAUACAGCACGGAUGUGCGAAGGAUGACUCUGUUAGAUUUCUACCUAAUCCAAGUCAUAACGUUCAGAGAUUCUCCAUGGAGGCUUUCAAGUAUAUCGACAACUCGCCGGCCGUGUAUCUCCAUUGUGACGUCAUCGUCUGUAACGGGUCAGACAACUCCUCCCGCUGCGCUUCCGGUUGCUUGACGACAAACCCUGGACGACGAGCGGCGCGAGACGUUGCACGUGCAGCCAUGUCCGGGGGUUUCCGACUUGAAGGCAGAUAUCUAAACAGUAAACGGAUGCCCCAACCCGAAUCGUGGUCUCCUGUGAACUUGGUGAUCUUCUGGAGCGGACUAACGGCGGUGUGUGGAGCCGCCAUCCUCCUGAUCGUCGCCAUCAUCUACAACUACCGCCUGGUGUUUGUCAAGAAACGACCAGUGUUUUAUUAGGAUUGUUGUGUGGGAUUGGUUGUAUUCAUAACUACAUAUUAAAGAAAAUGUUCAUACGUUGUCUUGUUUGUGGAAUACAAAAGAAUGGUUGUUUAAUGAAUCCUUAAGCUUUUUAUAAUCUUGAAACAUAUUGUUAAUAGUAUUAAAGACGAGACUAGCUAAAUUUCGGUUUGUUUAACGACACCACUAGAGAACACUGGUUUAUUAGUCAUUGUCACAAGUCAAGGGAAAUCUGAUUUUAAUUGUAUGAAAGAGAAUAUGUGGUUAUAUAUUUUAUAACAUUUUUUAUCAUUUAUACGGUAUUUUAAUUUAUACGAAUGAGAGAAGCAUGAAGUAUGAGUCAUAGCUUGUAUCUCACACGUGAAGCUGUCUUUAAUUAGCAAGCAGCUUGUGUGGUAUCUGUUGAGACCAACAACGGGAUGAGCAGCGAGGGGCAAUGUUAGAGUUUGACCAGGUGAUUGGGCUGCGGAAGUAUGUGAAGAAGGGACGAGGAAACUGACGUUGAUGUUAAUUCAUGGAAGUUGGGUACAGCUGAAGUGGAAAUUGAAGUUCCACAUGUGGGCUACUUAUUAGCCAUGAUGUGUGGUGGUGAAUAACAAGUGUAUUGUUAUCGUGCAGCAUCUCGGUGAAUAACAAGUGUAUUGUUAUUGUGCAGCAGAAACAUAUUGUGUAAAUAUGGCUGUAGUAUUUAGAGCUGAUCUGAAAUGGAGGGUGCUAACUAAUGUUAGUACAUAAUUUAGUUAGAACAAUAUAUGUAUAUAAAAGUUGAUCACGAGGAAGUGAAUCAUAAGGAUUGUGUUAUGAACUGAAACAUUGUAUAUUGAACUGUGUGGUUUUAGUAUAUUAUUUUGUGUGUUGUGAUACGUGAUAUUUUUAUAUGAAAUUAUGUGUAAAGUGGUGAUAAUGUAUGUUUAUUAUAUAUGAGAAGUGUGAGUGUUGAGGGAGUGCUGGUGAUUAGUGGUGUGUGAGAGGGAUAUAAUUAGGGUUAGUAAGUAGGAGUGGAGAAUGAAUGUGAUUGUUAUUUGUGUGCUGUAAAUAAAUGUAAUAUAAUUUA